CAGACAGUAGAUACAGAUUGGAUUCAUGUCAAAAGCAAGAAACGAGUUUUGAUCAGGAGACGGUUGAACUGCGAAGCACUAACUAAAUUGUGAUUGUGAUCUUGAAAUUCUUUUAUCAAUAAAAUUUAUAAAAGUAAAAAUAUAGUAUUGGUUUGUGUCAUGAUAGGAGUGGUUGUAACUUGUUUUAUUGUGUAAUUCUGUUCCUUUUGAUCUACAAAACGAACAAUGCCUAUCCUGUACAGUGUGGUUGCAAGGGGGACCACGGUUCUUGCCAAGUAUGCGUCUUGCCCAGGAAACUUUGCCGAGGUCACGGACCAGAUACUCACAAAAAUUCCUCCUGAGAACGGGAAACUAACUCUGUCACAUGGCAGUUACUUAUUUCAUUAUAUCUGCGAGGAUCGCAUUGUCUACAUGUGCAUCACAGAUGAUGAGUUUGAAAGAUCAAGAGCGUUUCUGUACUUGAAUGAAAUAAAGCGCAGAUUCAAAUCCACCUAUGGAAAGCGUAGUGAAACUGCAAUCGCAUACGCGAUGAACACAGAGUUCUCGCCAAUCCUCAACAAUGAGAUGAAACAUUACUCGGAGUCUCGUGAUAUCGACGCAAUGUCCAGAGUUCAUGGAGAGCUGGAUGAGCUGAAGGAUAUCAUGGUCCGCAAUAUCGACAAUGUAGCGAUGAGAGGGGAGAAGCUGGAACUACUUGUGAACAAAGCGGAGAAUCUCAGUGCGAGCUCAGUCACGUUUAGAUCUCACAGCCGUAACUUGCAACGGUCUAUGUUCUGGAAAAAUAUCAAACUCUACCUGAUUAUUGGAGGAAUCGCUACAGUGAUAAUCUACAUAAUUAUCUCCAUGUCCUGUGGCUGGACUUGGUCAGCUUGCUUCAGCUCCUCCUAAUAGCUCGGAAGCAUCCCCCUCCUAGCUACUGUACUUCUACACUAACGUUAUUCCAUUUUAUUUACCAUUUUAAAGUUAUUUUUUUUCUCUAUUUAUAGAAUUACUCAUAUGUAUAUAAUGUUUUAUAAGCAAUUAAAUGUGAUUAUUUCCAGA